AUGAUGUUUCUUCUUGUGGCACCCAUGAAAGGUGUGAUGAGGUUUGGAAAGAAGGGAAUGUUAAGCCCUAGGUACAUUGGACUGUUUGAGAUUCUAGAGAGAGUCGGUAACUUGGCUUAUAGGCUGGCUCUCCCACCUGCCAUGAAGAACAUCCACAACACCUUCCAUGUAUCAAUGCUGAAGAAAUAUGUUCAUGAUCCUUCAUACACACUGAACUACGAACCACUCGACCUAAAGGUGGACAUGACCUAUGAAGAGAAGCCUGUUCGGAUUUUAGACCGGAAGGAUCAAGUGCUUCAUAAGCGAUCGACACCCCUAGUCAAGGUGCUUUGGAGAAACCAUGCCAUUGAAGAAGCACCUUGGGAACGGGAGGAAGAUAUGUGA